AUGUCGGUCAACAGACGGAAAGUGGCGACCAUCAGCGGCGUGCGCAGCAAGUUGGAGCGAUGCUGUCACCAUGGUGACAAGAUGCGCGAGAACAACAUCUCACAGGACGAACUGAUGCUCAUGUGCCAGGAACGCCCAAACUAUUGUUCCCUCGGCAAGGUCUUGCGGCAGAGAUUGCUUAUAUUCUUGAAGACUGAACCUGAGAGGCAGCGAUUUGGAGAAGGACGCUCACCGACAAGUUUCCACAGUGGAAGACGUGCCCCAGCAUUCCUCCACUACUGGGAGAUAUUCAAGUCACUGGGGUGGAUUGGAGAGUGUCCACUGAGGCCUCGCAUCCUCCCCGCCACAGAGCAAAGAUCUAGCGACAAAAUCACCCUGCCUGACACACUGCUUGACAGGCUGGUAGCUGUUAACAUCUUGGUUGAGUCUCUCGUUAGGGAUAGGUUGAAGGAGGAGAGGAGGAGUGCCGACGACUACCGCUAUGUCAACGCUGCUAUACAGACAAACGGGCCAUCUCGAGGUUCGCCAGGAUUAUAA